AUGUUGCAGAGGGAUGAAGCACGCUACAGUCGAUUGGUUGCGAAGUCAGACGAGCCUGAGCCCUUCGUGCAAGUUGACGAAAACCACCCUGCCGCUCCCAAUAGUGCAAGAGUGUCCGUGCCUCACCGGCGCGUCUACAUCUACGUGAACGUCUUCUCGUUGUCAGGGAUUGAUACGGUGGCCCAGCAGUUUGACUGCCACUUCUUCAUUCGUGCGAUGUGGCAGGAGCCGGAGCCGGGUGAUGAAGAGUGGCAGCCAAACCUGGUCUUCAUGAACGCAGCAUCACCGGUUGAGCUCAGCGAAGUUGAAGUGGGCGUAUGUCCAUGGCGGAAAGGUCAAAGGGGAGAGAAGGUGAUGCAGUGGAGAGCUGACUGUCGAGGUACCUUCAGAGAAGGCUUCGAGUUGCAGCACUUUCCAUUUGAUGUCCAGGCCCUGACCAUCACUGUGAGUUGUAGCCGACCCUCUUCGGAGGUUACCCUCCUAGAAGACUGCUACACGGGUGCCAAGUCCAUCUUGCGCAACCAGUUCACCGUGAUGACCGACUUUGACCUUUCUGGCCCAUGGAUGCAAGGAGAAAUCGAUGAGGAGAUGAGAAGAUACCCUCUGCUUCACAUUUACUUCAUCGCGCAAAGGCGGGCCGCAUACUACAUGUGGAACAUCGCCUUGCCCAAUUUUCUCUUGAGCGUCUUGGUGUUCACUUCUUUUGCUAUUGCCGAAGAAGACCUGGCCGACCGGUUAAGCGUGACCUUAACCUUGGUAUUGACCUCGGUGGCCUUUAAGUAUAUGGUGGCUCAAGAGUUGCCUCGAAUCAACUACUUGACUUUGCUGGACAAGUACGUCCUGCUGAGCUUCGUGUUCUUGGCCCUGGUGGGGGUACAAAACACCUUGGCCGCCAUUGCGGACAGGGAGAGAAGCUUUCCCAUCGCUGAUGUUUCCAGGUAUGCGAUUGAGGCACUGUUUGUUCUGAUCCAUGUUCUGCUGGGAGCAUUGAGUUUGCACUACAUGUUUCUGGAAUGGAAGAAGCUGGUCAGACUGAAAGAAGGUCUGCUCACCAAUUGA